AUGCUCUCCGGAUUUUCCGGGCAGGUUUCUCGACUGGAAGGGUCAGAAGAGACGCUCAAAGGAUCGAAUCUCGGUGAAGGAGAUGACGGUGGGGGGGGAGGCCUACAGAAAGGGGGGCUGCAGAGAGGAGGGUUGCAGCCGGCAGCCGGGCUGGGAGGAGAGCGAUUGCUCUUUAAAGCCCCGGCCGAGCGAAAAUCUGUUUUGGGUUUGGACGCGCUCGCCCGAGCCAAGCGAGCAGCCGCGGGAAUCCCGGAGAAACCGCCGGUCACUGUAGCAGCGGCUAGAUUCGCGGAAGAGGGGGAAGAUGAAGGGGAGAAGGCGGGGGGCGAGGGGAAGGAAGGGGGAGGCGGGAAGUUUGUAGCCGACGGAGACGAUGGGGGAGGGGGUAGAGGGGAUGGAGAGGGAGUGGGAGGAGGGAGUGUGGGAGACAAGAGCGGUGGAGGGGGGAGCAAGGAGAGGCGGCGGUAUCGUAUGGCGCGAAAUGUUGAUACGCCCACACACGUGUCAACGGUUACAGACCUCUCAGGCGCCUCCCCCCGGGUGCAGGAUUCCCCGCGUGGCACCUCCUCACAUGCGGACAGAGAUUCACAAGCGGACACAGCUGCUGGUGCACGCGAGGCUGACGAGGCAAGCCGAGGCGCUAAAAGAACGCGAGUGGAGCCUGCUGACGUGGCAAAUGGUGGUGCUAACAAGGCGGUUUCUGCUAGUUUGGUGACCAAUGGAGGGGGUGGGUGUCAGUCAGGAAAGGAGGUUGCUCAGAUUGGCUCCUCCAGAUCACGCUGGGACGACAGCACCCCGCGGAGAGACAAUGACAGCACACCUGGCAGGGAGGGCAGGGACAGAGACAGAGACAGGGACAGAGGCAGAGACGGAGACAGAGAGAGGGGCAGCACGCCACGCAACAGGGGCUCUAAGUGGGACAUGCCGUCGCCCUCGCCCUCCCCCCGCUGGACCCCCUCCCCCGCCCCCUCCCCCGCGCCGUACCGCCGCGAGCCGUCCUUUGUGCCGCCGUCGCCCUCUGACUCGCGCCUGCUGUCGCCCUGGGAUGGCGGAGGGGGCAGCACGCCCUCUGUUGGGGUGAGUGUUCGUGCCUCUCGCUUCUUCUCCUUUGUGCCGCCCUCGCCGUCUGACUCGCGCCUGCUGUCGCCCUGGGAUGGGGGGGGAGGUGGUAGCACGCCCUCUGUUGGUGGUAAGUCCGUGUGCUCUGCUGUGCCGCCCUCGCCCUCUGACUCGCGCCUGCUGUCGCCUUGGGAUGGCGGAGGGGGCAGCACGCCCUCUCUCGGGGGGUCAGUGUGGGAUCUCCCAUCCCCAUCUCCCGUACCUGUAAGGGCAGGCUCGGCCACGCCUGUCUCGCAGGGUCGGGACGGGGAGGAGAGGGAGGGAAGCGUACAAGCAGAGGGGGGCAGGGCUCGGCGGUCGCACAAGCUUCGGUUCCGAGCCGACUUGUCAGCUUCGGAGGGCGGUGCGAGCACACGCCGAAGCACAGCGGGAGGCCAGGCGGCAUCGCAGCAGCAGGAGAGCGAGUGGGACACAGACUACCGUGCUGGGAGGGGGCCGCGGGAGGAAGGGGGGGCAGGGGCGGAGGAGGAUGAGGGCUUGCGCCGGGAGAUGGAGGAGGCGGAGAGGCAGGCCGACCGGUCCUGGUACGACUCAGAGGAAGCAGGCAGCGUGUUCGAUUCAGGAGAGGGAAGCAACCCGUUUGGAGGAUUCGGCGACGAGCAGGCCUUUGAGAAGAAGGAGGAGCGCAAGAAGGAGGCGGCCGCGCGGCAGCAGCGCAUGGUGCGGGGAGACGGGUCAACCAUGUCGCUGGCGGCCAGCAAACGCCUCACCCAGCUGUCGGCGGACCAGGCGUCGUGGGAGGACAGGCAGUUGAUGCGGUCGGGAGUGGUGCGGAGCUCUGUGGAGCUCUCCACGGAUAUUGAUGAUGAGGAUGAGAACCGCGUGCUGCUGCUCGUGCAUGACACGAAGCCGCCCUUCUUGGAUGGGCGCAUAGUGUUCACGAAGCAGCAGGAGCCGGUGAUGCCGCUCAAGGACCCCACUUCUGACAUGGCCAUCAUCGCCCGCAAGGGCUCUGUUCUCGUCAGAGAGAUCCGGGAGAAGCAGCAGUCGAACAAGAGCAGGCAGAAGUUCUGGGAGCUCGCUGGAAGCAAGCUGGGGAACAUUCUCGGCGCCAAGAAAUCUGCAGCUGAUGUGGACGCGGAUACGGCCAAGGUGGACGCGGAGGGCGAGGUAGAUUACAAGGACAAUGUGAAGUUUGCCGACCACAUGAAGGGCACGGGCGGUGCUGCCAGUGACUUUGCCAAGAACAAGUCCAUUGCCGAGCAGCGCAUGUACCUGCCCAUCUACUCCGUGCGCGACGAGCUGCUGCAGGUGAUUCGCGAGAACCAGAUUGUGGUGGUGGUGGGCGAGACGGGCUCUGGCAAAACAACACAGAUGACACAGUACCUGCACGAGGACGGCUACACCACGUACGGCAUGGUGGGGUGCACUCAACCCCGUCGAGUGGCAGCGAUGAGCGUGGCCAAGCGCGUGGCAGAUGAGAUGGAGUGCGAGCUGGGGUCCACUGUGGGCUAUGCCAUCCGGUUCGAGGAUGUCACCAGCAGCAACACGCUCGUCAAGUACAUGACGGAGGGAGUGCUGCUGAGAGAGUCACUCAGAGAGCCGGACCUAGACCAGUACAGCGCCAUAAUAAUGGACGAGGCGCACGAGCGGUCGCUGAAUACGGACGUGCUGUUUGGGGUGCUCAAGCACGUGGCGGCGAGGCGGAGGGACUUCAAGCUCAUCGUCACCUCUGCCACACUCAACUCUGAGAAGUUCUCCCACUUCUUCGGCAGUGUACCCGUGUUCUUCAUCCCGGGGCGCACCUUCCCAGUGAGCAUCAUGUGGAGCAAGUCGCCCUGUGAGGACCCAGUAGACGCGGCAGUCAAGCAGGCACUAGCCAUCCACGUCACCAUGCCACCUGGCGACAUCCUCGUAUUCAUGACCGGCCAAGAGGACAUCGAAGCCACCUGCUUCUCUCUCGCCGACCGCCUCGAGCAAAUGGCGGCCGGCGCCGCCCGCCCCCCGCCGCCCCUCUCCAUCCUCCCAAUCUACUCCCAGCUGCCGGCCGAUCUCCAAGCGAAGAUUUUCCAGAAGGCCGAGGAAGGUACCAGGAAAUGCAUCGUUGCGACGAACAUCGCCGAGACGUCGCUGACCGUUGAUGGGAUCUUGUACGUGAUCGACGGUGGAUACAGCAAGAUCAAAGUGUACAACCCCCGCAUGGGUAUGGACGCGCUACAAGUCUUCCCCAUCAGCCGAGCCGCGGCCGACCAGAGGUCCGGCCGAGCCGGACGAACAGGUCCGGGAACGUGCUACCGGCUGUACACAGAAACUGCCUACGCGAACGAGAUGCUGGCGAAUCCGGUGCCGGAGAUCCAGCGCACCAACCUCGGGAAUGUCGUGCUUCUUCUCAAAUCCCUCAACAUCGACAACCUUCUAGACUUCGACUUUCUCGACCCGCCUCCUCAGGAAAACAUUCUGAAUUCCAUGUACCAGCUUUGGAUUUUAGGAGCACUGGACAACACCGGGGCACUGACCAAGACGGGGAGGCGGAUGGUGGAGUUUCCUUUAGACCCUGCUCUGGCGAAGCUGUUGAUAUCCGGGGACCAGUUUGGGUGUGUGAACGAGACGCUGACCAUGGUGGCCAUGCUCUCGGUGCCGUCCGUUUUCUUCCGCCCCAAGGACCGCGAAGAGGAGUCCGACGCUGCCCGGGAGAAGUUUUUCGUGCCCGAGAGCGACCACCUGACCCUGCUCAACGUGUUCCAGCAGUGGAAGUCCAAUGGGUACCGGGGGGGCUGGUGCUCCGACCACUACCUUCACGUGAAAGGCCUGCGAAAAGCCCGGGAGGUGCGGGCCCAGCUAGCCGAUAUCCUCAAGCAGCAGAAGAUUCCUCUCUCUAGCGCCGGUCAGGACUGGGAUGUGGUGCGUCGGGCGAUUUGCACGGCGUAUUUCCACCACGCUGCAAAGCUGAAAGGCGUGGGGGAGUAUGCGAGCUGCCGUACCGGCACCCCGUGCCACCUGCACCCCACGAGCGCGCUUUACGGGCUCGGAACGACCCCGGAAUAUGUGGUUUACCAUGAGCUGGUGCUCACUUCAAAGGAGUACAUGCAGUGUGUGACGGCUGUUGAGCCAAGAUGGUUGGCGGAAGCUGGGCCGAUGUUUUUCAGUGUGAAGGAUAGCCAUCAGAGCAGGUUGCAGCAGAAGCAGAAGCUGAGGGAGGAGGCGAGUGCGAUGGAGAGGGAGAUGGCGGAGGCGAGGCGGAAGAGGGAGGUGGAGGAGGAGAUGAGACGGAGGAAGGACGAGGAGCAGACUGCAAAGGAGGCCGAGCUGAUUAUCAUGCCGGGCGUCAAGAAAGGGCGAGGGGUGGUUGCAACAGAAGCAGAAGCUGAGGGAGGAGGCGAGUGCGAUGGAGAGGGAGAUGGCGGAGGCGAGGCGGAAGAGGGAGGUGGAGGAGGAGAAAAAACAAAUAUCACAAGCAGGUUGCAGCAGAAGCAGAAGCUGAGGGAGGAGGCGAGUGCGCUGGAGAGGGAAAUGGCGGAGGCAAGGCGGAAGAGGGAGGUGGAGGAGGAGAUGAGACGGAGGAGGAAGGACGAGGAGAGGACUGCCAGGGAGGCGGGGAGGAUUGUCAUGCCGGGAAUGAAGAAAGGUAAGGGGGCGGCCAAGCGUGCUGCUGGGCUCUAA